UGAAAUUGGUGGUUUCUGCUGCUUGAAAGCUUGAAGCAGAUGAAUUUCAGCCCCAUUGUAACUCAGGAGUUCCACUCGGUCCAUCUAAACUACAAGCGCUGUGCGUUCCAGUUUCACAAGACUGGCAGCAAAGCUAGACACAAAUAAGUUUGACUGAAGCGUCUGGAUUUAAAAUGUCUGACUGAGUCGUGAUCUCGAACCCUCUGCGAGGAUCGGGUCAAGAAGAUGCAGCCAGGAUGUACCCCGGCCCCGCCACCACCUCCCCCUCCACCGCCCCCGCCGCCUCCCCCUCCUCCUCCACCACCUCCAGCGCCAGGAAUUCCGCCGCCGCCCCCUGGUCCCGGCUUCAUGGGCAAGAUGGAGCGUCGGCGCUCCAGGUUGCGCAACUUCAACUGGGAGACUAUUCCCAAACACAGCGUCAUCGGGAAGCACAACAUUUGGACGGCAGAUACGGCGGAUGGGGAGUACGAGCUGGACACGGACCACAUGGAGGAGCUCUUCAGUCACCAGCAGCAGAUCAAAGCCCUCAACCGGCAGAGCGUCAAGGGUCUGCCGGCGAGUGCGGCGUCCGGCGAAAUGGUGUCCAUCCUCAGCUCCAAGAGGAGCAUGAAUAUUGGGAUUUUCCUCAAACAAUUCAAGAGGCCUGUAGCAGACAUGAUUCAGGACGUCCAGUCAGGACGCGGGCUGGGUUUCGGGUCGGGGAAGCUGAGGGAGUUGUGCAAGAUGAUGCCAGAUGAGGGGGAGACCAAACGGCUUGUCACGUUCAAGGGCGACGAGUCGGCGCUUCCUGACGCUGACUUGUUCAUGUUGAAGCUGGUCAGCAUCCCCAGCUACGAGGAGCGUCUCAACUGCCUGGUGCUGAAGGAGGAGUUCUUCCCGUUCAUGGACGAGAUGAGAGGCUUCAUCAGAACUUUAACUGCUGCUGGAAAUGAGCUGUUGCAUUCUGACAAUCUCCACUCUGUGAUCCGCCUGGUGCUAAAGACCGGCAACUACAUGAACGCAGGCGGUUACGCUGGAGGUGCAGUCGGCUUCAGGAUGACCUCACUGCUCAAGUUGGUGGACACCAAAGCAAACAAGCCCGGCAUGAACCUCAUGCAUUACGUCGUGAUGCAAGCUCAGAAUGCUGGGGAGGACCUGCUGAAGUUUCCUGAGGAGCUCGCGCACAUCGAAGCCGCAGCCAGGAUUCAUAAAAGCGACUUGGAGGCAGAGUUUGAUCGUCAGGUGAGGCGAGUGAAAGACGCCACUGCUGACACGUUGAAGCAGGACGACCUGAAGGCCCAGAUGGAGGACUUCCUCAAGGAGGCCGAGGUCUGUCUGGAAGAGAUAGAGACGGACCUCCAGGAGCUGCAGUCCGUCAGUGACUCUGUGGCCGACUACUUCUGUGAGGACCCGGCCAAGUUCAGGAUGGAAGAAUGCUGCUCCAUAUUUCACUCUUUCUGCGAGCGCUUCAUGAAAGCCAUGCAGGAGAACAAGGCCAGGGAGAUGGCGGAGAUCAAGCGCAGGCACCGGGACCGGCUGCAGACGGCAGCCAAGAGGCGAUCCACGGCCACGUGCUCCACCAGAGACAAGGAGAUGGACGGCGUCGCUCUGGAGUCUAUGCUGAAGAACUUCUUCACCGAGUCAAGCCGAGUCUCUCGAAGAAGACAUGGGCGACCCUCCUCCACACACGGGAGCCCCAACAGAGGAAGCCCCAAAACCGGGAGCCUGACAGAGAUAACCUCUCACGCCAACGUGAACGGACGCCAUGGUUCGUUCAGGGCGAAGAAGCUGGGAGGAAAAGAGUGGACUUCUUCCGUGGAGCUGGCCGAGAACUCCAUCAACAAAAACAAGCAGUCGAGUCAGCAGGACGGCAAAGUGGAGGAGAUAAAAAACCCGGAGCCUCAGAGCGGUUCCAAACCAGUUCGGACUCCCAGGAUUUCCUCCACUGGUAGAACCUUGUCCAUCCCCAAAGAAAACGACGAGGAAGCCGUGCAGGACAACACUGAGGCUGAGGCCCAGAAGCUGCGGGAAGCCUCCAAGAAAGUUCUCAAGUUCCAGAACAGUCGCGGCAGCGUCUCCUCCGUGGAGUUCCCUCUGGAUAAUCCCAAAUCCCCCGCCACGCACAGCCCGCCACCGGGGCACAGCGUGGAGGAGCAGCGCUACCCCGGGGACCCCACCAACGAGGAGCUGGUUCGCUUCCUCCUCAACCCUCCGCCAUCGUCCAAACGCAACAUGGGCCGCCGCUACACGCUGCCCACCAAGGUGCCGAAGACCGACGCCGAGGAAACCAUGUGGGCUCAGCCACCUCCGAGAGACGCUGACGCUCUAGCGGAAGACGGACAGCACGGCGACUUUAAAGACUUGUCUCAUAGGAGAAGCAGCCAGGGCGCCGGAACAACCGAGUCGGCGCCGCUGAAACCCGUCCACGAGCCAAAAGAGCAAAGCAGUCCUCGCAAGAACGCAGGGUUUUUUAGCUUUUUUAAACGGCUUGGUGAUUUGAGCAAGUAGGACACCAGAGCGGAGAUGUUUUUAUAAGUGACUUCUCAAGUGAUUUGACUUGAUUGUGAAUAAACUGUUGAUUUGUUAUGAAGUGAUCUUAACAGAGGAGCAGAAGGCGAGACGGUAGGUUGAGUCUGUUGUUGUCGGGGAGUUGAAGCUGAUGCUGGAAGGCGCAGGGUGAAGUGGAUCUGAAGGGAAGUGUCAGGUAGCAUGUUGCUAGAAGGGAACACUGGGAGGUCUCGGGCUGCACUAGUCAAGUGCUCGUUCCUGGUAAAGUCUACAAGCUCGUGCACCCUGAGAAAGUCAUUCGGCGGCUCAAAAAUGAUGGUUCGCGUGUGCCACCACUAGAGGGCAGGGUUCGCCAUGGAUAGUGAAACGUGACUGGGCAGAGGGAAGUCGACAUGAGAUGCGUCCUACUUUAUUUUUGAUACAGUAAUCUCUCAUUAUUGUCCUUAUUUUUGCUGCUGUUUUUUGACGACUGACUCGGCCGUUGUGUCGAUGGCUUUGAAAGCAGCCGGUGUGUGAGAUCAUUUGUGAUCGUACAGUGAGGCGACGCUCUGAAUGAAAUUAAACUGAAGGCUGAUUCUGGGGGGUCAACUUUGUGUUCAAGCUCUCUGACUGAAGCGUGACUUUUUACCCAAUAAAAAAUGAUGAUGUGUCUGCGUACGUGUGGAAGUUGUGACUCCCUGGAAUGACGGCACGACCCGAUUAAAGA